GAGAGGCUGCCAGUGACAGCCGGUAGCCAUGGCGGCCGGGCCGCCUCUGGAGCACGAAACGCAGAUCUUCCUGGAUCUUUUCCACCAGGACGGGCUGGUCAUCUGCGCCCGCGGGUUGGGCGUCGACCGGCUGCUCCUGCGCUUCCUUCGCCUCUACUGCGAGCCCACCCGGCUGGUCCUGGUGCUGAACACCAGCCCCGCGGAGGAGGAAUAUUUCAUUGACCAGUUAAAGACCGAAAACGUUGCUUAUCUUCCUCGGCGAGUUACAAAUGAAAUUGCCAGCAGCGGCCGUUAUGAGGUCUACAGCCAGGGAGGGGUUAUUUUUGCCACUAGCCGAAUUCUGGUGGUGGAUUUUCUGACUGACAGGAUUCCUGCAGAUCUUAUCACUGGAAUCCUGGUGUACAAAGCCCACAGAAUCAUCGAGUCUUGCCAAGAAGCUUUUAUCUUGCGGCUUUAUCGCCAGAAGAACAAGCAAGGUUUUGUCAAAGCCUUCACCGAUAACGCGCUGGCUUUCAGCACCGGCUUUUGUCACGUGGAAAGAGUCAUGCGAAACCUUUUCGUGAGGAAGCUGUAUCUCUGGCCGAGGUUUCACGCGGUGGUGCACUCUUUUUUAGAGCGACACAAGCCCGAAGUGGUGGAAAUCCACAUCACUAUGACGCCAGCCAUGCGUGCCAUCCAGAGCUCCAUCCUGGACAUCCUGAACGCGUGUCUGAAAGAACUGAAGCAGUGCAACCCUGCUCUGGAAGUGGAGGAUCUCUCCUUAGAAAAUGCCAUCGGCACGGCGUUCGAGAAGACAAUCCGCCACUAUUUAGAUCCUCUUUGGCACCAGCUUGGAUCCAAGACCAAAUCUCUGGUCCAAGAUUUGAAGAUCCUCCGCACGUUGCUACAGUACUUGACUCAGUACGACUGCGUCACUUUCCUUCACCUUUUAGAAUCCCUCAAAGUGUCGGAAAAAGCUUUUGGUCAGAAUUCAGGUUGGCUUUUUCUCGAUUCCAGUACAUCGAUGUUCCUGAAUGCCCGGAGCAGAGUUUAUCGCCUGCCAGAGGAUAACGCGAGUAAGAAAAAAAAAGGCUCAGAGAAAACAGAUGUCAAAGAAGCCAAAGAACAGAAGCGGGAAUUGGUCCUGGAAAGCAGUCCCAAGUGGGAAGCUCUGGGAGAAGUGCUGAAGGAGAUUGAAGAGGAGAACGCCAACAGCGAAGCCCUGGGUGGACCAGGGCGAGUGCUGGUUUGUGCCAGCGACGACCGCACCUGCGCUCAGCUCAAGGAAUACAUCACCCUCGGGGCCGAAGCCUAUUUAACCAGGCUCUACAACAGAACCUUUGGGUCGGACAAGGAAGCGAGCGCCCCCGGCCCAAAGAACCGGAGAGAGGCCAAGGCCCAUGACAAGAGCGGCCGAGAACCGCCAGCCAAACGGGCCAAGCCAGAACUCUCCAAACCAAAAAGCAGGAAGAAAAAGGCCGAGUUAACCUUGACGCAGAUGUUGAACAGAGAGGAGCAGGAAAAUAUCAAGGUUGAAGGAAAAGAAGAAGAAGGAGAAGAUUCUGAGGGCCUCCACAGCAGCCAGGAGAGCAAUGGGGAAAGGUCGGAAGAUCUCCCAUUCAAGCUGUCCUCCUCCGAUGCCUAUUACGGGAUCCUAAAGGAGCCGCUGAUGGUCAUCCAUCCUUUAAAGGGCUGCGGGGAUCCCUACGCCCUCACGUCCGUCUUGCAGGAGGUGGAGCCCAGAUACGUCGUCUUGUACGACGCAGAGCUGAGUUUUGUUCGCCAGCUGGAAGUUUACAAGGCGAGCAGAGCCGGGAAGCCGUUGAGGGUUUAUUUCCUGAUCUAUGGAGGGUCGACAGAAGAACAGCGCUACCUUACCACCCUAAGGAAAGAGAAGGAAGCUUUUGAAAAACUCAUUCGAGAGAAGGCCGGCAUGGUAAUUCCAGAAGAAAGAGAAGGGCGAGACGAAACCAACUUGGAUUUAGCCAGAGAUUCCACGGCAGCCACUGUUUCGAUCGAUACUCGCAAAGCAGGUGGCCAACACCAGAAGGUGGUGCAGCACAGCAUCGUGGUGGACAUGCGUGAAUUCCGCAGCGAGCUUCCCUCCUUGAUUCAUCGGCGGGGCAUCGACAUCGAGCCCGUGACGUUAGAAGUCGGGGACUACAUCCUCACCCCGGACAUCUGCGUGGAGCGCAAGAGCACCAGCGACCUCAUCGGCUCCCUCAACAGCGGCAGGCUGUACUCUCAGUGUGUCUCCAUGUCUCGCUAUUAUAAACGGCCUGUUCUGCUUAUUGAGUUCGAUGCCAGCAAACCUUUUUCUCUCACCCCCCGGGCUUCCCUCCACCAAGAGAUCUCCAGCAACGACGUGAUCUCCAAGCUCGCCCUGCUGACCCUUCACUUCCCACGCCUCCGGCUCCUGUGGUGCCCAUCUCCGCACGCCACGGCCGAGGUCUUCGAAGAGCUGAAGCAGAACAGGCCUCAGCCUGACGCCACGGCAGCUUUGGCCAUCACGGCCGAUUCCGAUACCCUCCCAGAACGGGACAGGUACAACCCCGGCCCUCAAGACUUCCUGCUCAAAAUGCCUGGGAUCAAUUCCAAAAACUGCCAAGCCGUCAUGAAUCACGUCGAGAGCAUCGCGGAACUGACCGCUCUUUCCCAGGAGAAGUUGGCCGAACUUCUGGGCAACGCUGCCAAUGCCAAGCAGCUCCACGAGUUCAUCCAUCUGCCGUUGACGGAGGCCGUUUCUCAAGGGAAAACAAAGAGGUGACUGGUGCGUCGCGAUGAGGAUGGGAACGUCGGAGUAAGCUGUGCAUACCGUCUCUUUAAGUUGGUCCCGUUUUACAGGGGAGGCAAAGGUAUUUGGCUGUCCAGGUGUCCUUUUCUGAUCUGCCAAACAUGCCCAGAUAUCACCAAGUUCCUUCACCAGGUUUUUCUUGGGUACGCCAAGCUGUCUACCCCCAAGUUUAUUUUUAAGAUGAGGAGCUGUGAUUUGGCCACAGGCUUUUGCAGAAGGUGGGUUCUGAAUGGUGCCUGGUUCCAGGAAGCAUUGGAUAAAGGGGCCUACAGGUGUGUGUGUGUAUGAAAAUCUGCAAGGUAUGUUGUCUGCCAUUUUGCAAAUUUUAACACGCCUCUCUUCCAGAUGCCACGUUGGACAUUUUUUCCCCUGGUUCCUUUACAAGCUUUAAAGCAAUGGUGUACAAUCAUGGCCACUGUAUGACCUGUGGACAUCAACUCCCAGAAUUCCUGAUCCAUGGACAUCAACUCCCAGAAUUCCUGAUCCAUGGACAUCAACUCCCAGAAUUCCUGACUGGUGGACAUCAAUUCCCAGAA